AUGCCUUCUGAAGAUUCAAAGGCGUUGAAGAAGGAAUCCGUCGAAGAUGAGGAAGAGGAUGAGGAGGAAUGCCUUGGCUCAAUGCUGAAGAACCGGAAGAAAGAAGGUUCCGGCGGCAAUGCCGCCCCGAAACAGUCCAAGGCCAAGAAACCGCCCGCUAAAGUGAAGGAGGAAGACGGUGCUGAAAAGCCCGCUCCGAGAAAAAGCUCGAGCAAGGCUCCUGAUAGUAAAGCUAAAGCGAAGAAAGAAGAGGACGAUGACGAUUUUGAAGAACCUAAAUCCAAAAAUGCGGCUAAUAAAACUGAAAAGGUGCAGAAAAAGGCGAAGAAGGCAACUAAAGAAGCAGAGCAGAAUGGGAAGAAGCGUGAGAAGAAGGCUUGA